AUGGUGAAGUUACCUGAUCCGAGUGAGGAGCUAGUGAGGGCCGGCGCCGAACAAAGAUCCCCAUACAGUUGGAGAUACCCUAGAAAUAGAAGGCAACGUACGGCAUAUGAUACCGAACCGAAGGGGUUAAUUGAAUUGGAUCGAUUAGCUGUAAAAGCCGUCAAAUUAAUGGAAAAGUACUGCCCUGAGUCCGAAGCUAAUUACUAUAAAGUGAUGGACCUAUUAAGAUUACAGUAUAAUCUGUAUCAUAACUUUGAGGUACUAGCUAUGGUAACCUUACCUAGAAACAGAAGGCCGAGAAGGGAACCUGAGGGGUGGACUAAAUUAAACCGAUUAACUGAAAAAACCGUCCAAUCAAUGCAACGGCAGGGCGCUUGGCCCAGCUACCGUAGAGCCAUGGACUUAGUGAGAUUACGAUAUAAUCUGAACUUUAUUGUGGUUUGUGAGUAUUGUGGUGCGCUCCACGAGGUGGACGAACUUGCAGCUCCAGAAAGAUAA